AUGACAGUCCCUGCCCUCGAUCAGCUGCCUUUCACCCUCCAGAAUCUACCCUAUGGAAUCAUCUCCACAAAUGAGGAGCCAUCACCACGCUGUGCUGUUGCCAUUGGCAAGCACGCGAUUGACCUGGUGAAGUACGCGAAGCAGGGGAGACUUGGUAGUAUCGUCUCCGAUGUCGAUUUUGAGCGGAUCUUCGAUCAGCCAUCUUUGARUGCAUUUGCUGCUCUCCCAUGGUCGACAAGAAAGGACGUCCGCCACCAAAUCCAAGCCGAUCUGAAAGACGGCAAGAUCGAGGAAUCCUGUUUGACACUACUCAGUGAUGUAUUGCCACACCUCCCAAUGACCAUGAGCGGUUUCUCAGACUUCUACACCUCGCUCGAUCAUUGCAAGAAUUGCUCCGGAGCUCUAACAUCAGCCAACAUCCCCAAAAACUGGUUCCACGCCCCCUCAGUCUACAACUCCCGCGUCUCAUCCGUCCUCCCAACCCCAAGUACAAUCCACCGUCCCAAAAACGUAGCCUGGAGCUCCGGUAUGGAUUCCGAACCCAUUUACGGACCCAGCCGUAAACUAGAUUUCGAAUUGGAAAUGGGCUUCUUCCUCUCCAAACCAAUCCCCUACGGCGACACAAUGUCGAUCGAAAACGCGAAAGAGCACAUCUUCGGAUUCGUAAUGCUAAACGAUUGGAGUGCUCGUGACCACCAGAUGUUUGAAAUGCGUCCUUUGGGUCCUUUUCAUAGUAAAGGUUUCGGGACGACGAUCAGUAAUUGGAUUGUGCCGAUUGAGGCUCUGGGGACUUUUGGUUGUGAAACUCAUUUAGUACAGGAUCCCAAACCUUUUGAUCAUCUGACUUGGCCUGAAAAAGGGAGUGCGGCACUGGACAUUAAGCUACGUGUCAAACUUGUUAGGAAUGGUGUGGAGAGCGUGUUGGCAACUAGUAAUCUCAAAUAUUUGUAUUGGACUCCAUAUCAACAAUUGACGCWCCACGCAGCGAGUGGGUGUGGUAUGGAGACUGGAGAUUUGAUUGGGACGGGCACGAUUUCUGGGAGUGGGAAGRAUGAGAAUGGAGCGAUGAAUGAGUUGGGAUGUCUUUAUGAGGCGGAACGGACGCAGACUGCUGUUCUUCCUCAAGGUGGCGGGGGAGUUUACCAAGCGGGAUACUUGGAAGAUGGGGACGAGAUUGUUCUCGAGGGGUGGUGUGAGGAUGGGGAUGGUAAAGCUGUGUUGGGGUUCGGGGAGUGUCGUGGAAGGAUCAUUCCUCCGAAAUAG